AUGGGCUUUUACUGCAUUAAGAUGACGUUGUCGUUGCUUUUUCUCCUUCUCUCCACAAUUUUUCCUCAUUUAGUAAUCACUGAAACAAACGUUAGGAAAGAUGAAAGUUGUACUGUUAGCCACGCGACACCCGUGUUAGCGGCUCUCGAAAAAGCAGUGUUAUUUUACAAAGAAAAUGGCGAAGAUUUAAACCUAGACGCAUAUUUUGGUCUUCGUAUCGCUGAAGGUAUUUUACAUGAGUUAAUCCGACAAAAGAAAACUGCUACAGCGUUGAUAAAGUCUUGCAUCCUCAAGCAAGUCGUUCAACUUCAGCAUUUAGUCUCUCAAAUUGUUUCAAAAUCGAUGGCUUCACUGAGGCGCAGAGAUAGGCAUUACUUCAAAAUGGUUGGAUACACAGUGUCACAGCCCUGGCUAACAAUAAAAAAGUAUAAGAAAAUAAACCCUAAACUCGUAACACCGUUCGACAAUAAGAAACUUUCAGAUGACAUUCUGCAUGAGUAUCAGCCCUGCCUGGCCAGGUUACUUGGCAGUGCCUUAUAUGGGAGUAGGCCGUGUGACAUGCCUAAGGAAUGCUUGGAAGUGAUGAUGCGACCGGGAGAGGUUGGAUACGUGCUGACACAUCAAGCACUUUAUUUCAUGUUUGGUGAGCAAAGAGGAUGCCUGUAUGAGUUCUCAAGAAAGAUGAAAGAGUUCAGAAGCUCAGUGGAAAAAGUAUACGACAAGAUUUGCUCCAAUAUUUACACUCAGCUGUUAUUGGUCGAACAAGUUCGUCCUUUCAAGCGGAUCGACGCUGAUUUAAUGAUGGAGCAAAGUGUUGUGUGUGGCCUGCUUGGAUACUUUGAGUUCUUAACCCCUCAUCGGUUGGCGAUUAUUAAAAGCUGGCAGCGACCGAAUGGUUGUUAUGGAGAAAUCGAAAAUGAGGAGGAAUUAAAUAGAAAACAGGGCUGGAAGACAAUGAGGAAAUUGCUUGUGGGGAAAGAAUUAUCUGAUGGAUGCGAGUCACACAUCACUGGAGUUGGCACAGCCCUACUGUCAAUUUACCUUCGUUUCUUAAUCGAUAACGAGCAGCUGAUGGUAAAUUCAACCAAAGCUGGCGAAUUCUAA